GCCAGCCACAUCAGUUGUUUCCAGCGGGCGCGUGCGGAUGCGCGCUCUCGUGCUCGCCCCGUAUAAAUAACACGAGCGUCGAACAUCACACAUGUGCUGGACAGGACAACAAUUCCCCUCAACAUGUCCAACCACAGGGACAAUGAUGCGAAACAUAGACGUAACGAUCAUCUCCUAAAAAAACUACCUACGGAAGUAUUGUUAAAGGCUCGGAGUACACUUGUGACACUUGGUGGAGCAUUGAAAUCAAAACAUGACCAGCAACAUCGCUCGAAGUUUUCUAAACAGGACGAGAAAGAAAAGAAAAAAGGGCUCAAAACCAGCCGUUCGGAGCCAGAAUUUAAUGAAAUUAAUAAAAACAAGCAUAGAAGUCGUAUCGACGAAACUUCACCGAGGGAGUACAUCGGUGUGAGGCCCAGACCCAUGUCCGUUGGAGCUAUUAAGCGAUAUGACGAGGAGACAGAAUUUAAAUGUGGAAGCUUCCAAAACGAGAUGUCACCGGUCCGCCAAAAGCAUUUCGAUUCUUCGGAAGAUGUGUGCGUACAGUCGCGGCUAGUGAUACCUGUUAUUGAAAGACUGAGUGGCCAGGAUGUUCAAAUGACUGAAGUUACUGAGAGACCUCGAAAGAAGUUGUCAUUUCGUGAACCAGAAAUUGUGGGCAGUGGGAGCUCUACAUUAGGGCGCUCCCAUAAAAUAAUGGGAGUAAACAGUUUGACAAAACGACCCAAUAGAUUCUCGUUACGCUCCGAAGCACAUUUGUCAAGUUUAGAAAGACUGGAACCGGAUUUAGAGAGUCAGGCGAUGAGGAUCGUGCGCACUGUGGGGCAAGCUUUCGAGGUGUGCCACAAGAUGCAAGCCGACUCUUCCGAGCAGCCUGCGCCGUCCACCUCGUCGGCUAUCGACGAGCCCGUCCCUACCGACCGCACCAGUGAUGCUCCCCCCUCCAAAGAAGCGGCAUCCGAUUGCGGUGCUUCCGAGUCAGGUGCCGCGUCGACGUCUAAAGCGCCGGCGGAGGAGGGGGCGGUGGGUGGCGCGGAGCCUGCCCGGCCCCAGCACUUGGAACUGCUGCCACCACCACCGAGGAAGGACGGCAAGAGAACGCCACAGCGGGUAACGCCGACCCCGACGAUCACGCUGCCGGAGUUUCCGGAGUGCAUCACGAAGGUGGAGGUGUCCAGCUCGGAGGGAGAGGCGGCCACCCCAUUGAGCGCGCAACACCAACUGCAGCUGCUGCGUGAGCGGCUGGAGCAGCAAGCGCAGCAGACCAGAGCUGCCGUCGCGCAACUCCUCCUGCUGAGGGACCAACUCGCUGCCGAGCAAGCUGCCCGGUGCGAAGCGCAGGCCCGCACGCAUCAGCUGUUGGUUCACAACAAGGAACUGCUGGAACACAUCGCGGCUCUAGUGGCACACCUACAGGAGCGCGAGCGCGGCUCCUCGCGUCCAAUCAGCGCUCAGCAACUCACUCUUCUGCCCCAGAUGAAAGUGGACGGAAUCAACGAGACCAUCAAACCCGAAAACUUCACAAAUGGCAACAAACAACAGAAAACUGACUCGUUAAUCGACCUUAUUGCUCAGACUAACAAAGUCACCCAAAAUUUUGAAAACAACAAUAUGCGCCUCUCGCCGUUCAAUAUGUCCCCGAACAUACCCGAUACUCCUGUCAACGGAGCUAGCUCAGCGCCCAGCUUCGGCGGAAUGACAAACGAACAAAUCCAGAAUUAUCUGAUAACAAAAUUCCAGAAUAUGGGAGGCUUUCCCAACGGGACUAAUGAACCGAGGGUGAAUAAUUUCAACAAAAAUCAACAAUUUUAUCAGAACUGCAACGCAUUUCCAAGUAUACCACCGCUAACGAACCAUUAUAGUAACACGGAUCUCGAAAGUUUAAUGAAUCACCUGGCGUACCAGGAGCGCGGUUCACCUGAUGAAUUUGGAGCCAUUGCCCAACCCAUGAGUGUUGGUCAGUCGGAGAUCUCUCUCUGCAGCAACAGCCAGGGUACCACGUCGAAGGACUCAUCUCCGGACGCUUGCAGCUCGGACGAAGGCACGACGUUCAUAAUGCCACUGUCUCACAACGGCACAUUGACGGCCACAGGAGAAGACGGGCGGGUGAGGCUCAUUGUGCCAGUGAGCCCGUCGGGGAGCACGUCAGACGUGGUGAACACACAGCCCGAAGCGGGGGCGGCGGCGCCCACCGGGGCCACGCUGAAGGUACCGGGCAGCGAGGGUCUGUUGACCCCAGCAGGACCCAUCACUCGGACCACCAGCGAGAAGGUCCCCAAUCGCAGCGAGAUGAUGACGGUCAUGCGCUCACAGUGGACUCGUCACACCACCAAAUAGACUUAGGUAUUUUACUAGACCUUAGCUAAUUGAAAGUCUACCUAGAUACCUAAAAUAUAUUCUUGGUAUUAUUAGUUUCUACUGUUGUUACAAAAGUAACUUAGUUAAAAAAACUAAUUUUGUUAGAGUUUUCUAUAAAUUGUAGGUAAUAUAUUUCUAUAUUUAUAUGGGCUGUAUACGCCAUAAGAACAAAGUGUAGGUAUUAAUAUAGAUUUUAGGAAAUCGCCAAUGAACCAUAUCGGAAAAAUAAACGGGCACGGGUAAUAAAAUCAUACAUUAUCAAUAAAUUAUACUUAAAUGUGCUUGUGUCGUAUACGUCUGCAAGAAUAUACUUAUUUACUGUUAUGUUACUUCUAAAGAUUCUCAAUUAAAGGGUGGAGACUAUUACAAAGGUGCCAAAUUGUAAGCCAAAAAACAAUUAUUGAUUGGAGCAAAUGGAUAGGCUAGGAGUGAUAGAUAUAUUUAUAUAAAAUUUAUUUACAUAUCAAAUUAUAUUAACCUGAGUCUGCGAUUCGUUAAUCGGUUAUUUUAUGCGGGUAAAUCUCCGGCAUAUCUCUCAUCAUAUCAGAAUAAAAUAGAUUUAGUUUUAUGGCCCAUAUUGAUACGAUAUAAAAUGAGAGCACGCCUUAAUACUAUUAGAUGCCUGCAAUGAACCAUAAAACUUCUUGUAUUGACAGAAUAUUAUUCUCAUUGCUGUAAGCUCCCUACUAGGUUUAUUGUGUUAUUUUCGCGGACACCAAUUAUAAAAAUAGGAUGAGAAAAAUAUUACUUUCUAUUUAAAAUCGUCCAUUUAUUAAAAGCCACUUAGAAAAGGUUUAUGUUUUAGCACAAACUGUAUCUAGCCUGAAAAAUUCUAGUCACUUAGUUAAUAUGACCUAGUUAUAGUAUAGUGCCUGGAUAAAAAGCUAUUUAUACAAUUAUUUGGUACCUACAUCGUGUGAAUCAUUUUUGACCAACCACAGAGGUUAUUAAUUUAAUUUUUGUUUUUUCCGUAAAGCUGCACAAUUAAGCACAGAAAUUUGCGUAAUAAUACAUUUAAGUACAGCUGAGUUACCCUGUGCUAUUGAAUUUUGAUUUUAAAAGUUAUCGACUGUAAAAAUCAUUAGCAGUCGUGUCCGUUUCCCAUUUUUAAAUAAAGUACCUUCGCAUUAAGUGAUAUAAUUAAUGGCCUUGAUGUGUGGCGUGAAGUGUUUGUGAUAUGUUUGUGUCAAUAAAGCAGUAAAAUAGCCCUAACUUAUUCUGCAGGGAUAGGUCCGAUUUUGAUGUUUCUUUUCAAAAAUACAUUGAAAAAAUGUUUCAUUUGUAUAGGAAUCCCCUUCAUUUUCUCACUUUCCCAAUUUUUUAUCACUUUAUGACUCCAUUAUAAUUAUGUAGAUAUAUUUCGUGUAAACAAUUGGAUUCCUUAUAUGCUUCCAAAAAUACAGUUCUUUAAAAAUAUACCUAACGUUAAGACCUGACCGACGAAGGGACGGAAAUUGAAGGAAGCUCAUCCUUGUAUGAGAUAGAAUCAUAAGAAUACUUUAAUAUUGAAAAAUAUCGACAUAUUUACGAGUGUGCUCUAAUCAAAAAGUUUCUGAUUUUAAAUACUUUAUAGUUUAUAUUCAUUGACUCGUCUAACGGUACAGUUGCGAUACUCGUAGAUCAUGCUCCGCGAAUCACACGGGCCCCUUUCAUUAAAACACUAAACCAAAGAUUGUGGCCAAAACUGUUUGAUCUAAGGACCAAUGGGAUAUAAUUUUAGCAUAGCUACUUAGUUGGGAUGAAUAAUUUACGUGUGGUGCGGUCCACGAUCCAUUUACACGAACUGGUACUUUACCAAAUUGACAGGUUUUAUUACAAAAAGUAGCUGAGUAAUGGUGACUUGAGGAUAAAUAGGUGUCUACGUAAAAACACUUCUGAAAUAGCUUAAGGAUUCUUUCCUUGUUGAAGAUUGUGCAACAGAAGGGAUGAAUGAAAAAGAAAAUGGAGUUAAAAAGGCCACAUUGCAGCAAUUCUUGUAAGAAAGCAAUGUUGCUAUUUGACAUGUGUUGACAUUGCGCACUUUUUUAUGCGCAAAUGUCAAAUUGCAAUAUUACUUCUUAGAUUAAAUAUUUCAAUGUGACCAUUUUAAACCCCCAGAAGUGAAAUCACUUACAUGGUGCCAUGUAAUAACAAUAUUGUAAAUGGAUGGAACACUGACAUCGAUGGUGUGAUAUAAAAAACCAGUGAUAGGUAAAAGUUCAUAUUAUAUUCUAUAUUACGGUCACAAGCAUCAAUUAUAAUUAUGUAGGUUAAUAUUUUAUCUUAUUGUAUAUUUUAUAUUUUACAUUUUAUUUUAAUUUUAUUCUGUAUAUAUUUUUUUAUUUAAUUUUUCUAUAACUAUGGCUUUAUUGGCUGAAAUAAAUGAGUAUUAUUAUUAUUAUUAAUAUGCAUUUUGGUACCAUGUCACAUGUUUUAUUUUAACAAAUUGCUAUGUAACUCUCACUAAAUGUCAAAUAUGUUAGUGCGACAGAGUCCUAAAGUGGAUACAUUAUAUUGCUCUGCUCAUGACUGUAGAAUGGUUCUUGAUAUUGAAGAUAGAGACUAAUAUUGUGAAAAUUUUACCUGUCAAUGGUGCACCUGAUGUAAGAUCUGGGGGUCUAAAAAGGCCACAUUGUAGCAAUUCAUCUAAGAAAGCAAUAUUACUAUUUGAUAUUUGUUGCCAUUGCGCAUAUACUUUUAUAUGCGCAAAUGUCAAAUUGCGAUAUUGCUUUUGAUGUGGCCUUUUUAACCCCCCUGUUAUCUAUAAGUUAAAUCACUGUCAUCUAAUUAUAACUAUAGACAAAUAGUGAGAAUAGUCUUAGUUAGAUGAUAGGGAUGCCAUUAUAUUUCUUAGUCAGUAUUGUGUAGAUUAUUAAAAUGUUAUCAGAAUUUUCAAUAGUUCCACUAAAUGUUUUAUAGGCAAUAGGUACGUUGCAAGUCGUUUAGUCUCCAAUAUAAUUCGGAGAUCAGUGCUUCUAUAGUCUUAGAAAAUACAGGAUUUUUAAUGUACUCAUUACGAAUUAAUAAGACGAAAUAAAUGUGUUAAAAAUAUAUGAAUUAUUAUACUAAGUUUGGUGUGAAGAAACUAAAUGAGAAUAAUAUUUCAAGGGUGGUAGGGUCACUAUUGAGUUAAACGAACAGUUAUUGUAUUUUUUGGACGACGAAAAUUUUAUAUUAUCAUCUUUCACGUUAUUUACCUACCUACUGAAAGUAUUAAUCUCAUUUUGUAUAUCUUAUGUAAUGCCAAGUUAUUUAACUACGAUAAUCAAAUGGCCUAGUUUGAGGUCUACGAUGUUAGUGUUCCUUAAUAGAUCAAAUAAAAUAUAAAUUUCAGUGUUAUAGUAAAUGUUUACUUGUAUCAAGAUCAUAGCUGGUAUUUGUAUUUCAUGUUCAUGUACUCACACAACAGUUGCAACAAAUGUUUAGAUGCAGGAAAUAAAAUAAUAAAUUGUCACAUAAAUAGCAAAUAAAGAUUGCGACGUUCA